AUGGGUAUUCGUUUGCCUUCCGCGAUCUCCAGCGCCAUGCAGAAUCUGAAAAAGCAGCCUUUCCAAGGCAGAAACCAGUCUACUGUUCCUAAAGGGCACGUAGCAGUUUAUGUUGGAGAAUUCCAGUGGAAGAGGUUCAUUGUUCCCAUAUCCUAUUUGAACCAUCCUUGCUUCCAGGAUUUGCUUAACCAAGCUGAAGAAGAAUUUGGGUUCAAUCAUCCGAUGGGUGCUAUAACAAUUCCUUGCAAAGAAGAUGAGUUUAUUGAUCUCACUUCUAGGUUUCUUGCCUUGUGA